AUGACCGCCUCCAAAAUGGACGAGACGCAACAAAGCAAUGGAACAACCCCUGAGGUCGAAAUGGUAGAAACUGAUCUCCUCAUCGUGGGAGCUGGACCUGCUGGGGCUUCGUUGGCAUGUUUCCUUGCACAGCAUGGACUGAAAGGAAUCAUGCUCGCCUCCACACCAUCGACGGCAGAUACCCCUCGAGCGCACAUCACGAACAUGGCAGCAUUGGAAUGUCUGCGAGACAUAGGACUCGAGGAAGCAUGCAAAAACGCGGCUGUUAAGGGGGAUUGCAUGUUACACACGAGAUGGUGCAGGAGUAUGACUGGGGAAGAGUUUGGUCGGAUAUAUUCGUGGGGGAACGAUCCUGCUCGAGCUGGAGACUAUGAUGCGGCUAGUCCUUGUAGUCAUGUGGAUAUUCCCCAGACGGUAUUGGAACCAAUUCUCGUCAAACAUGCAACUCAUAAUGGUUUCUCCUGCCGAUUUGACACAUCCUUUAUCUCCUUCGAGAAACGUAGCGAUGGCAGCAUUGUCAGCAAGAUACAGGAUAAUCUGAGCAAACAUACGUAUUACAUCAAGUCGAGAUACUUGUUUGGUUGUGAUGGGGGACGAAGUCAGAUCAUGCGGCAAUUACAAAUACCACUGUUGAAAAAACCCGGUCAAGGUUUGGCAACGAACGUACUCGUAAAAGUUGAAUUGGGCGAGGCAGUCAAGCACAGGAUUGGGAACCUACAUUGGGUCAUGUCGCCAGACGAGGAAUCAUAUCCUUUUGGUUGGACGGCGAUCGUAAGAAUGGUGAAGCCGUGGAAUGAAUGGAUGUUUAUCCUGUUACCUGCUCCAGGAGCAGGUGUUGACUUUUCCCCUACACAUGAAGAAUAUCUUAAUUGCGUGAAGAAGAUGGUGGGAGAUGAUUCCUUGCCUGUGGAGAUUCUCGGUGUUUCAAAGUGGUUCGUCAACGAAACUGUUGCCGAGUAUUAUUCUGAUGGAAACAUUUUUUGCCUUGGUGAUGCAGUCCACCGACAUCCGCCAUUCAACGGUCUCGGUUCGAACACCUGCAUUCAAGAUGCCUACAACCUGGCCUGGAAAAUUGCCUAUGUAAUGAAGGAAAAAGCAGACCCAGCUUUACUCGAUUCGUACUCGCCAGAACGGCAACCGGUGGGAGCAUCAGUUAUAGCUCGAGCAAACCAAGGUUUGAGAGAUCACCAGCAUGUCUGGGACGCACUAGGCAUGUUAGGCUCUUCGCUCGAAAUUCGCAAAAAGCAGUUCGCCGAAUUAUCCGAAGCCACUCCCGGUGGAAAAGAGCGUAGAGAAAACUUGCGGAUUGCUAUUGAGGGAACCUCCACAGAGUUUCACGGUGUUGGUGUUGAAAUGAACCAGCGAUACGAAUCCAAUGCAGUCUAUCUAUCCGAUGAAGGUUCUCGCCCGCCACUCCCGGCUAAUCCCGUUUUGCAUUAUGCUAUCACGACGUAUCCAGGUAGCCGGCUUCCACAUGCUUGGCUUAAUACGCGUUGUCCAGAGAAGCCGAUAUCAACUAUCGAUCUGGCAGGUCAUGGAAGAUUCACUCUGAUAACUGGUAUUGGCGGCGAGAAGUGGAAAACGGCAGCUGCUGGAGCGUCGGCCAUGGUCGGGGUUGAAUUCCAAGCAUAUUCCAUUGGCUGGAUGCAAGACUACGAAGACGUCUAUUCCGACUGGGCUCGACGCAGAGAGAUUGAGGAAGACGGAUGCAUUCUGGUUCGCCCGGAUCGAUUCGUCGCAUGGAGGUGUCAUAGUAUGAUCGAUUCGCCAAAGGAGAAGUUGGUUCACGUGCUCAAAACGAUAUUGGGAAAGUCUACCGAUUCGUAG